AGCGUCACUCGCGGGGCUCUGCUUCUGCACGGGAGGGUUUGAACAUGUCGCGUCUGAGAGGAGGAGCGGAGCGGGAUUCCCGAGCGGGUUUCCGAGCUGAAAGGAGAGACUGCGGUGCCUCAGUACCCCAGGGGCUGUUAAAGGCGGCGAGGAAGAGCGGCCAGUUAAACCUGUCGGGUCGGAACCUCAGCGAAGUGCCUCAGUGUGUCUGGCGAAUAAAUGUGGAUGUCCCUGAGGAAGCUAGUCAGAAUCUUUCAUUCAGUGCUACUGAGCGAUGGUGGGAGCAGACGGAUUUGACCAAAUUAAUCAUAUCCAACAAUAAACUUCAGUCACUUACAGAUGACCUCCGACUACUGCCUGCACUCACUGUUCUUGAUAUACAUGACAAUCAGCUGACAUCCCUUCCUUCUGCUAUAAGAGAAUUAGAAAAUCUUCAGAAACUUAAUGUCAGCCAUAACAAACUGAAAAUAGUCCCUGAAGAAAUUACAAAUCUGAGAAACCUGAAGGGCCUGUAUCUCCAGCAUAAUGAACUGACUUGCAUACCGGAGGGAUUUGAAAAACUUUUCAAUUUAGAAGAUAUGGAUCUUUCAAAUAAUUGCCUUACAACCGUUCCUGCUAGUUUUUCUUCUCUAUCCAGUCUGGUGCGACUCAAUCUCUCCUGUAAUCAACUGAAGAAUUUGCCAGCAGAAAUAAGUGGAAUGAAAAGAUUAAAGCAUUUGGAUUGUAAUUCAAAUCUCUUGGAAACUAUACCUUCUAACUUGGCUGGCAUGGAAUCACUAGAAUUGCUUUAUCUGCGGAGGAAUAAAUUACGUUUUCUACCAGAAUUUCCUUCUUGUAAAUUAUUAAAGGAAUUACAUUUAGGCGAAAACCAAAUUGAAAUGUUAGGGGCAGAACAUCUUAAGCAUCUGAAUUCUAUCCUUGUGCUAGACCUGCGGGAUAACAAGUUAAAAUCUGUUCCAGAUGAAAUUACGCUGCUACAAUCAUUGGAAAGGCUUGACCUAAGCAACAAUGAUAUUAGUAGUCUACCCUAUUCAUUGGGAAGACUUCAUUUGAAAUACCUGGCACUAGAAGGAAAUCCUAUGAGAACCAUUCGAAGAGAAAUUAUAAAUAAAGGAACCCAAGAAGUCUUAAAAUAUUUACGAAGCAAGAUUAAAGAUGAUGAACCUAGCCAAAGUGAUUCUGUUAUUGAGACUGCCAUGACACUACCAAGUGAAUCUAAAGUGAAUGUACACUCCAUAACUACAUUAAAAAUAUUGGACUAUAGUGAUAAACAGACAACCUUGAUUCCUGAUGAAGUGUUCGAUGCAGUAAAAAGCAACAUGAUCACUUCUAUUAACUUCAGUAAGAAUCAGCUAUGUGAAAUUCCACAAAGGAUUGUAGAACUGAAGGAAAUGGUUUCUGAUGUCAACCUCAGUUUUAAUAAGCUUUCCUUUAUGUCCUUAGAAUUAUGUAUGCUUCAGAAAUUAACUUUUUUAGAUCUCAGAAACAAUUUUUUAAAUUCUUUGCCUGAAGAAAUGGAAUCGUUGGUAAGACUACAGACAAUCAAUCUUUCCUUUAAUAGGUUUAAAAUACUACCUGAAGUACUGUAUCGCAUCCCCACACUUGAAACAAUUUUGAUUAGUAACAAUCAGGUUGGAUCUGUGGACCCUGUGAAAUUGAAGACUAUGGAAAAUCUGAUCACAUUGGACCUUCAAAAUAAUGACCUCCUACAAAUUCCACCAGAGCUUGGUAAUUGUGUGAACUUGAGAACAUUACUGCUAGAUGGGAAUCCAUUCCGCGUCCCUCGAGCCGCCAUAUUAAUGAAAGGAACAGCUGCUAUUCUGGAAUAUUUGAGAGAUCGAAUUCCUACUUAAAUUGGAGUUGUUUUAUAUUUUUGACCAUGUUAAUU